GUCAUUGUGAGGCGGGGCAUGGCGGGGAUGUGCCCGCACCCGUGUCAGAAUCAGUAUGGGGGGUGGUCAUGCCCUGUGAUCAACCACCAAGCUGGAGUCGGAGCCGCGUGCUACUGUUAUGGGGCGUUGACAGGGGACGGAGAUUAGCGGGAAAGUGACCAAUGACGAUACUAGAGGCUCAGCGGGACGUUGCCUCUGUCCAACCAGCGGCUGUCCCACGCCCUAGGCCGGAUGAAGUACACAGGCGCUUGGCUUGGGGGCGUGACUAGAAUUGGAGGCAUAACCUGAAAGGGAUUUGACCAAUCCGAGACUGUAUAAGGAAUGAAAGGGCGUAGCCAUGCCUGGAUCUGCCCCUGACUGGCAGCAGGAUCGGGGGCGUGAUCAGGCUUAGUGUUUCGAGGAGUCCGGGCCAAUCCUGGUGUUAGCUUCCAAGUCGGGCGGGGACAGUAUCAAGGUGUGACCAAUCACGCUUCCAGAGCCUGAGUUGGGCGAACCACCGGAGAAUGUGGCCAAUCUAGGGGUGUGGCUGUCACGAUCUGGUCCAAUCCUAGAGUGAACCCGAGCUCAGCGGCGGAGUUUCAUGAUGCCGGAACCAGUGGUAGUGUUUGGGUUUGAGGAGAACACGACCCAGCCCUGUGGGGCGGAGUCUAGCGGGGUCAUCUACCAAUCGUGCCGAGGUCCGGAGAGGCAGGGCCCUCCCGGAGGCGGGCCUGUGUCGGUUCCGGGCCCCCGGGGGCGUGCCCAGGCCUGCACAGCUGCCUGGGCCAUGUCGGCGCCGCCGGCCCUCCAGAUUCGGGAGGCGAACGCGCACCUGGCAGCCGUGCACCGGCGCGCAGCGGAGCUGGAGGCGCGGCUGGACGCGGCGGAGCGCACGGUGCAUGCCCAGGCCGAGCGCCUCGCCCUCCACGACCAGCACCUGCGCGCCGCCCUGGACGAGCUGGGCCGCGCCAAAGACCGCGAGAUUGCCACACUCCGGGAGCAGCUGAUGACGUCGGAGGCCACUGUCCGCAGCCUGCAGGCCGCCGUGCACCGGAGGGAUGAGCUCAUUAGGCAGUUGCAGCAGCGGGCUGAGCUGCUGCAGGACAUCUGUCACCACCGGCCACCCCUGGCUGGGCUGCUGGCUGUCCUGGCUGAGGCUGAGCGCCUGGGGCCCCUCCCGGCCAGUAACCCCAGCCACGCACCCCCCGGGGGGCCUGGUCCACCCGUUGCCAACAGCACUGGGGAAGAGGCAGACAGGGACCACCUCCAGCCUGCGGUGUUUGGGACCACAGUGUGAGCCCGGGAUGCAGAUUCCAGAAUGCAGACAGAGGGCACUGCUGUCGGUGUCCUUCGGAGUCACCAGUGUCCUGAAGGCGGACCCUAUGGCAGAGCCACAGUCCUGCCUAAGCAUCAGAACAGGCACAUUCAAAGGUUUCAAACAGGCCCCCAGGCCAGAUGCGGAUGUGUAACCUGACAGAAGUGCUCUUGUUCAUGUGUUUGUUUUAAACUUUGAAUCCAUCACCCUGGCUAGAAACCUGGCAGUGCAUACACGAGGAUCUGCAUUUCUGGCAAGACCUGGUCGUGCUUGCCUGGGGCCCAGGGCAUCCUCUUUAGCCAGGGUGUGAGUUUCUGUUGGUCUUUUCUUUUUCUUUUUUUUUGAGACAGAGUCUCACUGUCGCCCUGGCUGGAGUAUAGUGGUGCAGUCUUGGCUCACUGCAACCUCCACCUCCUGAAUUCAAGCAGUUCUCCUGCCUCAGCCUCCCGAGUAGUUGGGAUUACAGGUAUGCACUACCACACCCAGCUAAUUUUUCUAUUUUCAGUAGAGAUGGGGUUUCACCAUGUUGGCCAGGCUGGUGUCCAACUCCUGGCUUCAAGUGAUCCGCCCACCUUGGCCUCCCAAAGUGCUGGGGUUAAGGGUGCGAGCCACCUGCCACACUCAGCUUCCUUUUCUUUUCUUUACGCUACUUCUUACCAUCACAGUGUAAGCUCUACGAGGACAGGAAUGUUUGCUUGUCCUGUUUGUCACCAGUGCCUGACACAUCCCGGGAGCCCCAGGAGGAACAGGAUGGAUCUGUGGGCUCCUAAAGGCAGUUAGGGGACCCCUGGCACAUCUGCUGAGGUGAUGAGGCCCCCUCCAGCCAGCCUAGUUUUUUUUUUUUUCCUGAGACAGAGUCUCGCUCUGUCACCCAGGCUGGAGUACAGUGGGGUGAUCUUGGCUCACCGCAAUCUCUGCCUCCCGGGUUCAAACGAUUCUCCUGCCUCAGCCUCCAGAGUAGCUGGGAUUAUAGGCGCCUGCCACCACACCUGGCAAAUUUUGUAUUUUUUAGUAGAGGCGGAGUUUCACCAUGUUGACCAGGCUGGUCUUGAACUCCUGACCUCAGGCGAUCUGCCUGCCUCAGCCUCCCAAAGUGCUGGGAUUAUAAGCGUGAGCCACUGUGCCUGGCCCUAGCCUAGCUUUUGUAGCAAGCAACUGUCUUUUUAUAUGCCCUAAAGAAUCUAUUUCUGAACUCCUUGUUUUCGUGCUGUCGUUGUUAGCCAGAAACAUUUAGGGUGCUUUGCUUUUUAUCAAACCAGGGAACGGAGAAAACUCCUGUGCCUUUCUGUGCCAGCCUGUCACCCUGGCCUGCUGGGCAGCCAUUCCCCUGCCUCUUAACUCAGGGAACUGUCAUACCAGGAACCGCUGAGGGGCACAGCUUGUUUCAGCCCAGAAAGGUCGGAGGCCACCCACAGCCCGCAGGAUGGCGCCUGCCUGCCUGCCUGGAACAUCGACCCCUCAGUGCAGCAACAAUGGCCCCAUUUUCUCCUCUAGAUGAAUAAGGAAGGGAGUUGUUUGUACAAAGCAAAGGCAGGCUGUGGCCUGUCUGUGCUCAAGAAUAAACUGGGUGAUUUCUUGG